AUCUCCAAUUCUCAGUUCUCUCACUCUCUUCCCACCUCUUCUCUCUCUCUCUCUCUCUCUCAACCCAAAAUGGCCUCAACUCUCUCCACAACCACCCUCCAUCUUCCCCCUUACCCCACUCCCUUCGCCACUAACCCUACCCCCUCCGUCGCUUUCCCCAAACUACCCCUCCAAUCCGCUCUUUUCGCCCCCAAACCCCUCCGCCGCCGCGCCACCUUCCUCCGCCCCGUCGCCGCCGUCGAAGCCCCGGAAAAAGUCGUAAAACUCGGCGAUGAGAUCUCGAGCCUAACCCUCGCCGACGCCCAGAAGCUCGUCGAGUACCUCCAGGACAAGCUCGGCGUCUCCGCCGCCUCCUUCGCCCCCGCCGCCGCCGCCGCAGUCGCCGCAGCGCCGGCCGCGGAAGCCGAGGCGGUGGUCGAGGAGAAGACGGAGUUCGACGUGGUGAUCGAGGAGGUGCCGAGCAACGCGAGGAUAGCGACGAUCAAGACGGUUAGGGCUUUGACGAACCUGGCGUUGAAAGAGGCGAAAGAUUUGAUCGAAGGGCUGCCCAAGAAGUUUAAGGAGGGGAUUUCUAUGGAGGAGGCCGAGGAGGCGAAGAAGCAGCUCGAAGCGGCCGGAGCUAAGAUCACCAUUGCUUAGAGAUUAAUCGAACUUGAUUCGGUUGUGGUAAAUUUUCUUUAGUUUUGUGUAUUUUGGAAGGAAAUUAUCCAUUGUGCUUGUAGUCACGUAAAGUUGUAUUCUGGUAGGGUAAUGAAUUGAAACCAAAAAGAAAAAAAUCUUCUUGAA